AUGGUAAAUGCACUGUCUCUCCUGGUGGGGUGCCCUAGACUGAUAGCCACCAUACUGGUUUCAGGGAUCGGAGGGACAUUCCAGUAUGGCUUUCAGAUAUCUGUUCUUAACUCACCAUCUUCGUUCGUCAAGGAGCUGGUUAACAGGACCUGCAUGCAGCGGUAUGGCCUUCUCCUGGAGCCCUGGGGCUUGAACCUCAUCUGGUCCUUCAUCGUUUCCGUCUUCUGCAUUGGAGGACUGAUAGGGGCACUUUGUGCAGGAAAACUGGUGACUGUUUAUGGAAGAAAGAGGUGCCUCUUGCUGAACAACAUCGUGGCCAUGACUGCUGCGGUGAUGAUGCUGCUGAGUAAAAUGGCCACUUCAUUUGAAAUGAUUUUUGCUGGCAGAUUCCUAUAUGGAAUCAAUGCAGGUGUGAGUCUCUCUGUUCACACCAUGUACCUGAUGGAGUGCGCCCCCCGCAGGCUGAGAGGGUUAGUGGGCUUCACAGUCACCAGCUUCGUUUCCAUGGGGAAGUUCUCCGGUCAGCUCAUGGGACUGAGGGAGCUGUUGGGGUCCGAGGAUAGGUGGCAUUGGCUCCUGGCCUUCAAUGGACUGACUGCCACCAUCCAGCUCUUCAUCCUCCCCUUCUUCCCAGAGUCCCCCCGUUACCUCCUCCUGGACAGAGGGGACCGGCAGGGCUGUGAGGAAGCCAUGGAGUGGCUGUGGGGGAGGAGGGCCCAUGACUCGGAGAUCGAGGACAUGCUGAAGGAGCAUGUUGCUCUGCGGGGAGAGCGCUCUCUGAGCGUGUCGGAGCUGGUCCUGAAGAAGGCUGAACGCUGGCAGUUCCUCACCUUGCUGGCCACCUUCACCUCCUUGCAGCUCUGCGGCAUGAAUGCAAUAUAUCUCUAUUCUCUGGAAGUGUUUUAUGCUGCAGGGAUCCAUCCAGACCAGGUGCGCUAUGCUGCUUUGGGAACAGGCCUUUGUGAGGUCACUACUUCCUUUGCAUGUGCUGCUGUGGUUGAGAGCACUGGGAAGAAGAUUCUGUUCUUCAGAGGUUACAUGUGCAUGGCUGCCAUCUUAGCGCUUUUAACAUUGACUCUCAACCUGCAGGGACACGUCUCUUGGAUGCCAUAUUGCAGCAUGGUGCUGAUCUUCAUCUUCAUCUUCUUCUUUUCAAGUGGACCAGCUGGAAUAACAGCCUCCUUGCCCGGGGAAAUUUUCAUGCAGUCCUCCAAAGCAGCAGCAUUCACCAUUGGCAGCUGUCUGAGCUGGACAGGCCUGUUUCUUCUUGGGAUGCUCUUCCCCCUCAUGAUGCAGGGAAUGGGUCCCUACUGUUUCAUCAUCUUCCUCAGCUUCUGCUUGUUCACUGGGAUCUUUGUCUGGCUGAAUGUUCCGGAGACGAAGAACAAAACUCCGCUUGAAAUCACGGAGGAGUUUCAGAGAAUGCACAGCAAAGACAAGAAUCAUGAACAUGGAAAUGAGAUGAUUCGGACAGUCCUCUCAACCAAACUCUGAGCCCGGACAAAAGUGGAUUGUUUUCUCUCAACAACAAAAUCCACACAUUGCUGUGUGGAGAUGUUGUAGAUUUACACACCAUUAAUUGGAGCAGGAAUAGACAACAAUGCUCUCAGAGUGUCGGAGACACUACAGAUUUUGGUCCAUCCAAGCCUAUAAUUAUAUUUAGAAUAAUUAUAUGAAUAAGUUGGCUUCAUGAAGACAGGUGACUAUGUACUCAAGGUGCUUAAUGAUCUGUUGCGAUCAAGCCUGGAUGCAUAUUUUAAGCAGUUUUUGUAAUAUGUUUUGGAUAUCUACCUGUUGAAUUGUUUCUUUCCCACAGUCAAUAGCUCAGUACUGUACUGGCUUUGAGUGCUGUAUUGUAAAAUGACCCUAAAACUGACCGCUGUUGCCUGAUGUCUGCAGCUUGGGGCCUGAGGCACAGUUUCUACAUUAGGGAGAGGGGAAUGGUUGUGCAAGAAAAUUUGUCAUUUUCAUCUGUCAAAUUUUCAGUUGGCAUUAGGUUUCAUAGUAACA